AUGUUUUUAGAAUGGACUUUUAUUCAAUCCUUGAAUUUCAAUGGUCUUAUUGAAGAAGAUGUGGAUUUUGUCAAAAGUUUAUACAUUACAAAGCUAAAUAAAUAUAAGAAUGCAUCACGGUUUAUUGAAGCAGAAACAAAAUUAAAAAAUACAUAUAAUUUAUAUGACAAUACAGACUUACUUCUGAGUAAAGCAGAGUUACUAUUCGUACAAAACCGAUUUAGACAGUGUCUCGAAAUCACAGAAAAAAUACUCUCUAUUGAUCAGUAUAAAUUCAAUACCCUUCCUAUUCAUUUAGCAUGUCUUCAUGAAUUAAAUGAAAAAAACAAACUUUUUCUUAUUUCUCAUGAUAUGACAGAAAGACAUCCUGAAGAACCUGUAUCAUGGCUUUCUGUAGGCAUAUACUAUCUUUGUAUAGGAAAAGUAGCGGAGGCUCGUCGAUAUUUUAGUAAAGCAUCAAUCAUGAAUCCGCAUUUUGGUCCCGCUUGGAUAGGAUUUGCUCAUUCAUUUGCAGUUGAAGGUGAACAUGAUCAAGCUAUCUCUGCCUAUACAACAGCAGCUAGAUUGUUUCAAGGUACACAUUUACCCUGUCUUUUUUUGGGUAUGCAGCAUCUUCAUUUAAAUAAUUUGGUUUUGGCCAAUGAAUAUUUUAAUACUGCUUAUGGCUUAUGUAAAACGGAUCCUUUACUUUUAAACGAAUUGGGUGUUGUUGCUUUUCAUAAAUUACAGCUUCCAGAAGCGAUAAAUCUUUUUAGAAGUGCUCUCACGUUAGCUAAAGAAAUAAAUAGCGAAGAAAGAGCCUGGAUUGCUACAUGGGCAAAUCUUGGACAUGCUUAUAGAAAACUUAGAAUGUAUGAUGAUGCUUUACGGUAUUUUUCAGAAGUAAAAAGAUUAUCACCUAGAGAUCCAUGCAUCUAUGCAGCUAUUGCAAUGGUUUAUUUGAGUACUCAUAAAGCAGGAGAUGCUGUUCAAUGUUUGCAUGAAGCUCUGAGUCUUGCACCCUCUGAUCCAAUUGCAACUGAUUUGUUACGACGUGCCUUAGAGGAAAAUUCUCAUAUCCCUUUUGAAGUUGGUGUAACUAUACAAGACGCAUCUUCAGAAGAUGACAAUAUUAUUGUAUCUACCAAUGGUUGA